AUGGAGCAUGUCGCGCAAAAGCAUCGGUUUGCCGGUAUCCCAACACAGCGCACCGACUACAUAAUAACCCUGGCGGCAACCAAGAAGAGUCCGUUAUACGCAUGGCUCUGCUUUAUUAUGAAUCCCUCAAUCGUUAUGUAUCUUUGUGGUGACGUGAAAAAGACCCAGAACACUGGUGUCGGGACCACUCCGGACAAUACCCAUACUAAUUUGCACCUUUACCACAACGGGGCCCAAUGA